ACAUGCAUGUUCCAACUUGGUAUCUUUCAUUUGCUGUUGACUCUCUAAUGCCGAUUAGAUUAAUGCUGAUAAAUAAUUAUUAGGUUGUUGACACUUUGCAAGAUGCCCCACAGUAUCUCCAGCUCUCACUUUCGUGAGGUUCCUUAUGAUAUUUCCUUCUCCGGGUCUGGAUUCCUGGCUACCUACCAGUUCGGGGUUGUUCUGUGCUUCCUGAAGCACACACCCUGGAUCCUCCAAGCGGCCCCCCACAUCCUCGGUGCAUCUGCCGGAUCCGUGGUAGCAGCUGCGGUUGUCUGUAAAAUCAACCCAGCUACCAUUCGGGAUGAGAUCAUCCUUUUUGUCAAACAGGUGAUGGCUGCCCCACUUGGACCACUGAACCCUUCAGUCAAUGUUUUCAAGUGGUUGGAAAAUGUUUUGCGCAAGCACCUUCCUUCGGAUGCACACCAUUUUGCAAGUGGCCGCCUUGGUGUUGCUGUGACACGACUGUCAGAUGGGAAGCACCUCAUCAUAUCAGAAUUUCAGUCCAAAGAAGAUGUAGUGAAUGCUCUCCUGUGUAGCUGUUUUGUGCCUGGAUAUUGUGGCUUUCUGCCUCCGGCCUUCAACGGAGUGCACUACAUUGAUGGUGGCUUGAGUGGAUUCCAGCCCUUGCUCUCUGAGUCGUCCAACCACACACUAACUGUAUGCCCGUUCUCUGGAGAAGCUGAUAUAUGUCCAGCUGAUCCUCCAUGUGUGAUGGACCUGGUAGCUUCUGGAACAUUUCUUAAGGUCAACAUGGCUAACACCUUCAGAAUCAUCAAUGGUCUUUACCCUGUGACUUUAGAGGCUGCAGAACAAGCCUUCAAUUUUGGCUACAAAGAUGCCAUCAACUUCCUUCAGAGCAAUGAUGUUGCUCUCGCUAAGAUAGGGCAUAGUGUAUCCCACGGGUCCUCAAAUGGUAACUCCACCAGUCCAAAGACGUCCAAAGUAGAGGAGCAGAAGAUGAAAGGAGGGGAACAAACCGAACUGAAAACAUCUUUCAAGGAACACAGAAUCAUGCAAAUGUUCAGCUCCACCGUGCAAGAACCCAGUGAAGAUCCUCUUCACCAUUUUCACUUAAUGAAGAAUGUUCCAAUGAGGAAUGUGACAACUUACCUGAGUAUGUUUGAGUUACCAGUGAGGAUCUUCUCUAAUCUGCUUCUACCUCUCGUGGUGUCAUUCUAUGCUGCGCUCCAAAGUAGAAAAGGACUGAAGAUCCUGCUUAAAGACGUCCCUGAGUUUGUUGUUUGGAAUUGGUAUUUCAUAGGACAUUGUGGGCUUUUCCUCCUGAACAUUGUCAUCUGUAGCCUCAAGAGACUAAUAAUAGACCGGUUAACACAGAUGACCUUGCUGCUGCUCUGGCUAAAGGUUUACACACAGCACAAAGCCAUGUGAGAGGAGCAGGAUUUAUUACUUUCUGAUGUAUUUUUGAGUUCAAAAGAAAUCAGCUGCAGGAACAUUUGAAAAAUGGUAAAUAUUGGUAAGAUUAUGAGAAAGUUGGGGCUAUAGUCGUGUCAGAAGCAGAAAGUAGCUGAACACACUUAUAACCUAACCCUAAUCCAAAGCCUAACCCCAUCUCUGAUCCACUAAAACCACAUUUAUUACAAAGUAUAAAAUGUUGACGCUUAUGAAUGUCAGGCUACUGUGGCCUCACAGUCUCUUACUCUUAUGGAGUCACAGGGAAAUACCGAGCUACAUUCUGCUUUUAUUGUUUGUUUCUGUUUUGUCUGUUUUAUUGGGUGUUUUUCACAUUUACAGAGAAGCUAUGGAGGAAAAGUGCCUCAGGUCUCUGAUGACAAAUACCAGGAAUGGGUGUUCCUUGUAAAACACUUUCUUUGAAUUCAGUGUGUUGUUCACAUUUUUAUUGCUUGCUUUAUCCUGUGACUUUAUCAACCUUUUCAACAUUUUUUUUUUUCAAAUUUUUGAUUAAUGCUGGUAAGUUUUGCAAUAAAUGUGUUUGGAGUUUUAGUUAGUUUUUUUUUUUUAAUACACUGACAUGUUGCUUGAAUAGAUAAGAAAAUACCACUUGUCAAAGUUAAGUCACUUAAGCAGUAUUAUUUCCAAUAAACUAAUACAUACAUUUCA